AUGGACGAAACUAUUAUAACUCCUCAGCGACUCAUUCCGCGAGCGCGCCGUCGAAUUCUACCACAAGACCAACCCGACGAGCUUAGGGAGCCAUUUUCUAGACUGUACCCCAACGGUCUACCGAAAGAAUACAACAUAGGCCCCCUGUCCAGAAACGAGGUACCGAUGAAAUACAUAGAGGACAACCUCCCACUAGGUUUCUACACCAACCCGCCGUCUGAUGCGAAAGGCAUCUUCUCUACGAGCGGUGGGCGUACCUUUCGCCCAAUGCAUCACAUCCUCCCACGCAGGAGACUACAUCUGUGGUCCAAGAAUGAGAUUCAAGAAAAUUGUAACUCGAUCCGCAAGUUGCACUGGGAAGCUAUGCGAGGUAUGACUGAGCCGCGUUGCUGGGACGAUCUCUGGAAAUAUUUCGAUGCGUUUGAUCUUUAUCACUACGGUGCUAUCAAUCUUUGGAAUAUCAUCAACCACCUCUACGCCGAAAAUAAAAUAAUCGCGGCCGAUGUGAUGAAGAGUGCCGCCCUGGAGCUCGGCCGUUGGACUGAUCAGUGGCUUCAAAUACCAGCCAACGCCAAGAAACUCAAGAACUGCGACGUGGCCAAGGGGUCGGUCAUGCGCAUUCUCGAGGAGCAAGACUGGGAGUCUCUGGGCCGCCUUAGUGAUGCAGACAUUCCCAUGCUGGCAAACGCGUUGACACGUCGACGCGAUCACAUCCUGUCGCCAGCUUACAUCGAAUCAGCCGAGGCUCGAAGUCUUCUCGCUUCAGCUAAAGACGAAGGCGGUGUGGAAAAUUGGAUGACGGGUCAAAGAGUUCACCCCAGAACCGGAUUACAACAAUGCAAACAGGGUGAACAUAUCAAACACAAGCAAUUUAAGCAUCCGUGUGUUGUCGUUGAUGGGAAGCAUUACUACGAGUCGCAGCACCAACCAAGGGGAGCCGUGGAGGCUCUCAAGGCAUCAGUUGAAGCUGCUUCUAGCCACAUUAUUGUGGCAAAUGGUUCAAAAAUAUCUCCGCCAAGAUAUCCUCUCCCAGAUAGGAUUGUUGCUACUACAAAAGGCUCUGAUACUAUCAAACCUGCUAUCGCCAUCUCACAGUCGCGUCCGCACUCGAGCGAUGGCUCGACGGCCAUGACUAUUUGCUCUAGCGGAACUUCUCAACCUGGUUCCCCUCGAAGAUUGUCGGAUUCUAUCAUACGGCCUAAUAAUUUCUCAAGCCCCCAGAUUCCUCAUGAACCUCCUGCCCCACCAGGAAACGCCGCGAUCGUUGACAUUCCUCCUGCUCGGCACCAGAGUCAAACUCCCCCACUUGUUUCUGGCCAGGCCUAG